AGGCAAAGUGAAAAGACUCAAUACACACACAGCUUAAACCAUGGCCAGUGAACAGCUCCCAGUCGAUGGAGCAGCGGCAGCAGCUGCCGCUAGCGGAGAUGAGCCCUUCCUGGGAUUACUCGAUAUAGCACUGCUGGCAGUGCUGAUCGGCGGCGCCGCCUUUUAUUUCCUGCGCAGUCGCAAGAAGGAGGAGGAACCUGUGCGCAGCUAUUCGAUACAGCCCACCACAGUCAGCACUACGACGGCGACGGACAAUUCGUUCAUCAAGAAGUUAAAAGCCUCCGGCCGCAGCUUGGUUGUUUUCUAUGGCUCACAGACGGGCACAGGCGAGGAAUUCGCUGGUCGUCUGGCCAAGGAGGGUAUUCGUUAUCGUCUAAAGGGUAUGGUUGCCGAUCCCGAGGAAUGCGAUAUGGAGGAAUUGCUGCAGCUUAAGGACAUCGAGAACUCUUUGGCCGUCUUCUGCCUGGCCACCUAUGGCGAGGGUGAUCCCACCGAUAAUGCCAUGGAGUUCUACGAAUGGAUUACCAACGGCGAUGUUGAUCUAUCGGGUCUUAAUUAUGCGGUCUUUGGUCUGGGCAACAAAACUUAUGAGCACUACAACAAAGUCGCCAUCUACGUAGAUAAGCGUCUGGAAGAGUUGGGCGCCAAUCGCGUCUUUGAACUCGGAUUGGGUGAUGAUGAUGCCAACAUUGAGGAUGACUUCAUUACAUGGAAAGAUCGCUUUUGGCCCGCAGUCUGCGAUCACUUUGGCAUCGAGGGUAGUGGCGAAGAGGUGCUCAUCCGUCAAUAUCGCCUGCAGGAGCAGCCCGAUGUGCAACCCGAUCGCAUUUACACUGGUGAAAUUGCUCGUCUGCACUCCAUGGAGAACCAACGACCACCCUUCGAUGCCAAGAAUCCCUUCCUGGCGCCCAUUCGUGUCAAUCGCGAGCUGCAUAAGGGCGGCGGUCGUUCGUGCAUGCACAUCGAAUUGAACAUUGAUGGCUCCAAGAUGCGUUACGAUGCAGGCGAUCAUGUUGCGCUCUAUCCCGUCAACGACAAGUCGCUAGUCGAGAAACUAGGACAAUUGUGCAAUGCCGAUCUGGAUACAGUGUUCUCGCUGAUCAACACCGAUACCGACAGCAGCAAGAAGCAUCCGUUCCCUUGCCCCACCACUUAUCGCACCGCCCUCACACAUUAUUUGGAGAUAACUGCCAUUCCACGUACUCACAUCUUGAAGGAGUUGGCUGAGUACUGCACGGAUGAGACGGAGAAGCAGCUGUUGCGCAGCAUGGCCUCCUUAGCCCCGGAGGGCAAGGAGAAGUAUCAGAGCUGGAUUCAGGAUGCGUGCCGCAAUGUUGUGCACAUCUUAGAGGACAUCAAGUCGUGCAAGGCGCCACUGGAUCAUGUGUGCGAGUUGUUGCCUCGUCUGCAGCCACGUUACUACUCGAUUUCAUCGUCGGCUAAACUGCAUCCUACUGACGUUCAUGUGACCGCUGUGCUCGUGGAAUAUGAGACGCCUACCGGGCGCACCAACAAGGGUGUGGCCACCACAUAUCUGAAGCACAAACAGCCCAAGGAGGGCGGCGAGGAAGUUAAGGUGCCUGUCUUCAUCCGCAAAUCGCAAUUCCGUUUGCCCACGAAGCCCGAGACUCCCAUUAUUAUGGUGGGUCCUGGCACUGGCUUGGCUCCCUUCCGUGGCUUCAUUCAGGAGCGUCAGCAUCUGCGCGAUGAGGGCAAGACAGUGGGAGAAUCGGUGCUCUACUUUGGCUGCCGCAAGCGCAGCGAAGAUUACAUCUACGAGGCCGAAUUGGACGAGUGGGUGAAGAAGGGCACGUUGACGCUAAAGGCUGCGUUCUCUCGUGACCAGGAGAAGAAGAUGUAUGUGCAGCAUUUGCUAGAAAAAGAUGCGGAUUUGAUUUGGGAUGUGAUUGGCGAGAAGAAAGGACAUUUCUACAUUUGCGGUGAUGCCAAGAACAUGGCCGUGGAUGUUAGAAAUAUUCUGACGAAAAUACUGUCCACAAAGGGCAACAUGAGCGAGGCAGAUGCCGUGCAGUAUCUGAAGAAGAUGGAGGCCCAGAAACGCUACUCAGCCGAUGUCUGGAGCUAAUCGCAUCGCUCGUACUCCCAAGUCUCCUUUUCAUUUCUCCUCGCUUAUCGCAGCACUCUCAGCUAAAGUCGCGGAACAAAGGAACCCAGCAAUGAAUAACUAGAAGCCGCACAUUUUUACAUAAGCGUAAAAGUCGUAACAGUUUUAGUUAAUUAAGCUAUAUAAAUUAAAUUACAUAUACAUACAAUACUAUACUAAACAAAAGAAAUUCGGUUUGGGAACUUCAGCUGCGGUUCAACAAACAGCGUUUAAGUAAAAUGAUUAUACCUAAUUUUAGUGUUAAAUUGAUUGAUUAUUGAUGAUUGUAAUAUGCCUUGAAUCAAUGUUGUGCGAAAGUAAUUCGAUUGAUGUGAACUAUGAUGAUAUUUGAUGAUGUUUGUAAUUAAUCUAAGUAGCAUUUUUUUGUAUGUAUGCAAUUGACUUGAAGAGCUUUUACUUUUUACGCAGCAUUUUCAUUUGAAUUGCGUAUUUUCUAUGGUGAUUUCAACAAAAAAAAAAAACAAAUGAGACAAUAUUGUGCAAUUUUAGACCCACAUGAAAUUGUAUUUUUUAUCAAGACACACGAGCGAAAUAAUAAUGUGAAUUAUUUUACAAUAAAUAUUAUUGAAUAAAUGAAA